GAGCCCUGUGGUGGAAGAGUAUUCAGCCAUGGAAAGCCAUGAGGUUGAUGCAUUCCAUUGCACCAUCUUGAAACAUCACAAUUUUGUUAACAGCACCUGUGUCUUUCCAUUUAUGUACGGUGACCUCAUCUACUACAACUGCAUCUCCAUCCACAGCGACUAUGACUGGUGUUCUCUUGACAAGAAAUUCCGAGGCAGGUGGAGGUACUGCACCGGGCAUGACCCCCCCAAGUGUACCUUCCCCUUCCUCUUCAGGAAAAAACUCUUUCACAAAUGCACCAAGGAGGGCUAUGUUUUGAACCGGAGUUGGUGCUCACUGACAAAAAAUUAUGACGAAGAUGGAAAAUGGAAGAACUGCUCUCCUCACAAGUAA